UCAAACUCCCAAAAAGCCAAAUAUUUGGCGCCGCUUUUCUUCAUCUUUGGAAUGUUAUCGUUUAGUUUAAGAAGUUGAGGAGGUUUUUGCUGUUUUAUUUGACUAAGAUGGCUACUCCACAGGAGAGGAAUGAUAUUCUAAGUUCGUUAAGACCCGUAUUUCCCCAGCUGGGCGACAAUGAACUUGAAGAAUGCAUAGAAAAUGUUCGUAGAACUGUAGGAGAGAGUCGCGAGCUGAUCAUCCCUGGUUGCAUUGACCUACUACUUGCUAGAACUGCAAACCAAGAAAGAAACCCUGGUCGUGAUUAUCCUGGUAUGGCUGUCGCGAUUCAAGAUGAAAUACCGAGACAUGAAAUGACCUAUGUUAAUGAUAUUUCAGACGAAGAGUUUUCUGAGGAGGUUGAAGAUGACGAGCUAAUGUAUGUAGCAACUUCCAUUCAAGGUAGACCAGAUUUGGAGAUUUACUUUGUAGAUGAUUCUCCUCCUUUGUCUAAAAACUCAACCUGCAAAACUACUUCAAGCCUCUUAUCUCCUAAAAGAAAGAAGAAUGGAUCUAACAAACGCUCUUCUUCUGAACUUUCUCCAAGUUCAGUCGAAAGUACCUCUGGUUUGACGUUAUCACCACCAUCUACAACAUGCGCUAAAUCUCCUAUUACAAACCCUAUUCGAUUCUGUGUAGAAAAGAUAAAACGUCUCUUCCCUGAUGUACAGGAAAAAUACCUAAGAGAACUGCUUGAGAGUUGGGGAGAGUCGCCAGUAGAUAAUCUGGUUAAUAGGGCAUGCAAUUAUCUCAUAGAAAAUGGAAGUUAUCCUAAAGAGGAAGAGAAAAUAAAAUGUUCUGUUAAAUCACCACCAGAAAAGACACAUACAUGUAAUACUGACUAUCUGAAAGAAUUUAGCUCACCAACAUCUUACGUCUACGAAAGGCAAUGCCUCAGUUUACUGGAAAAUGAAUUCCCAAUGGUGUCUGUGAGGGACAUAAGGAACAUUGCUAGAAAAUUUAAUUGUCACUAUGCUCCCACAAGAAAGUACUUGGAAGAAAAGAUGAUUGAAGCACAUCAGUCUAAACUACCAACAUCCUCUUUCAGGAAUGGAAACUCUACUUCCGGUUCAAUCAGAUUAUUGAAGACAAAAAGACGACAACAUGUAUUUGAGUCUUUUCAUUUAUUGGUUCCUGAACUUCAAAAAGAAAUUAAUUUUAUCAAAAAAUACAAGAUAAAUGAAGCAGAGGAAAAGGAUAGGCAAAUGGCUUUUAUUCUAAAUGAAAAGCAGUAUGAGGAAGAGGGUCAAAAAAUUGAGUGUGGCUGUUGUUAUGGAGAGGCAACAUUUGAAGAUAUGAUCCAAUGUCUAGAUGGUCACCUGUUUUGUAUUGAUUGUUUGCAAAACUAUGCCAAAGAAGCAGUAUUUGGUCAGGGGAAAGCUAUGCUUUCAUGUAUGACAAGUGAAUGUGACAGUACUUUUUCCAUGAGUCAACUGAAAAAGACUCUUGCUUCAAACAUAUUCUCAAAGUAUGAAGACAGACUCACUGAGGAAUCACUUUGUCUUGCUGAAAUGGACGAUCUUGUCCGUUGUCCAAGCUGCGACUUUGCUGCCAUAUUGCCUUCUGAGGACAAAGUCUUUAAAUGCCAAAAUACAUCCUGCCUCAAAGAAACGUGCCGAUUUUGCAAAGAAGAUUGGAAGGAACAUUUUGGUCUGAAAUGUAAUGAGGUAGAGAAGAAAGAAGCUAAGAAUGUUAGAUUAUCGUAUGAAGAAAAAAUGACCAUGGCUAAAAUUAGAAAAUGCCACAAGUGUGGUUGUGAAUUUACAAAAUCUGAUGGCUGCAAUAAAAUGACCUGUCGCUGUGGGACAACUAUGUGCUAUAUUUGCCGUAAACCUGGUAUUAGCUAUGCACACUUUUGUCAGCACCCAAGAGAACCAGGGAAGAAAUGUGAUAGCUGUAAGAAUUGUUCUUUGUGGAGUGACCCUUCAGAAGAUGAUAACAUGGCUGUUAGGCAACUGGAAAGAGAAGCUGAGGAAGUUAAAAGGAAAGCAACUGAUAGCAGUGAAGGUGAAACCCUAUCAAAAAGACCCAGAACUUCAAAUCCAAGUGUGAAUUUACAUGUUGGUAAUUUAGUUCAGCCAAUUAAGUAGGACGUUAUUAUCUCCUUUUACUACAAUGACAUUUUUUCUUUAAGGCAGACUAGUAUGAAAAUUGCCCAAACUUUACAGCGUAACACACAAAAACAACAUUUAAUGUAUUCGCAUACUUCUAUGCACAGGCUUUUUGCUACCAAAUGAACAUUUGCAUGCUUUAUUUGGUAAAAUCAGCCAGCUUUGCAUUGAAAUGUGUUGGUUUAAUGUAAAGAACCUGUGCAUAGAAGUAUACAUUAAAUGUGGUCAUACUUUUGCACCUUGCUCUGUAAUCCAGCUCAAACCAGACUUAUCUUUAAGGGUUUAAUAAUCACCAAUUUUUUUCUUGAUAUCGUGUAAUUCUAAUUACAAGUAAUUUAAGUUAAGUCCGUCAGCUGACCUUUGGGGUUCAUUGACCAAAGUUUAGUGUUGAGUAAAUAACAUCACUGAAUCUGUUAAAAAAACAUAUAAUACUUCCCAUUGAAAUAUGAAGGAAAAAAAAUUAACCAGUGAUUAUUAGACCCUUAAAGAUUAUUCCAGUAAAGUUUCAGCUGAAUUAAAUUUCAGACAAUUUUGUAGGUGUCCAUUUCAAAAGCCCCCUCCCCCCCCCMAAAAAAAACAAUAAUAAACUUGUUUCUGUUAACUUCAACAUUACAUUAUAGUGGUUUUCAUAAACCAGUGAAAUAAGCUUUAGCAUAUUUAGCACUACUUCAUUCUAAUCCUUUUGUUUUCUAUUGUGUUUAUCUGACUAUUACGCUGUAAUUAGUACACUUUGCUUCAUGGGUGAAUGAAAUCCACUCUCUUGAAAUGGCACAUUCUGACUUUGAAGAUAUUAUUCUUCAGGAAUUCCAUGCCAAUCGUUUGUUGAAAAACUAGGCAUGAUACAGAUUGUUCUCAUAAUAUCACUUUGGCAGUUGUUUAUUUGUUUCAAUUUACUGUUAUAUAGCUCAAACAUUUGAGCUGAAUCAUACAGUAGUUAGUCGUAUAUGAAGUAUCAUAUGUUUGCUCACUCUAUAGGUUACUGUAGUUUGCUUUGAAUUUAUUUUCAGGAGGCUAGCUAGAAAUGCAGUAAGAAGACAUUCAUAAUCGUAGAAAAUACACCGAUAUAUUUUCCUAACAAGAGAAAUUAUUUUACUCGGCUUUCAAACAACACAAACGUGAGUUGUAAAAAUGUGUUUUUGCUAAAACUUUUUAAGUCAAGGUGUUAAGAUAAAAAUGCCUUAUGCCUCUUGGUUUGAACAUUUAAAAAAUAUUUUGGAAGAAAUGACAGCAAAAUUUUGUCAUUUGAUUGCAAAUCAUUAUCUGACAGUGGAGAGCAUGGCUUGAUAAUCCCAUUGUCCAAGGUCUGUUUUUCCUGAUUGAACACCCUGAUACUAAGAAUGAGGGUGAACCUGUGCAGAGAACAUUUGUUCUUAAAGAAGUACCAUUAUAUUAAAAAGAUAUAAUAGUCAAUUUUAAAAGUUUAUGUA